AUGCCUAAUUUAGAUGAAGAUAAGGGCAUCGUUUAUUGCAACACGGUGCGUCUUGGCAAUUGGUAUGAAGCGUCGAAAUUGGAGGAGUACAAACUGAACAAGUUCCUGGAGCAAAUGAAAACGGGAAAUUUAAUGCUCGCGAGGUUCCGCAAAAUGACUGAGAACCUCAAUAGGCCGACCGAGCUGACUCAAUCGUCGGGAAGUAUCGGGUUCGGCGCGAAAAUAUCCCUCCUCGCCCCCCACGUGCCAGCUUCGGAUCCACCUGUUGAAGACAAGAAAGGCGUUUUAUUGGGCGGGCGGAUAUCGUCUACCGAAAUCAAUUAUUCUCAAGAUUUAGAGGACGGCUGUGCUGUUGUAGCCCUAUCUGAAUUAGCACCAAUGGAAAGAAGCACGUUCGUUAUAACGAGUGCCGAUUAUUGCAAUAGGGAUGGAGAACAGUUGAAGUACAACCAGGAGUUUCUUCUUGCUCUCUCGUCUUCCGUUGAAAAGAAAAAGCCACUAUAUUUGAGAUACGACCCCAACCCCAUACCAGGUCUAUGUGGGUUGUAUCCGUUGUACCUGAGUAAGCAUUACGUCUCCAACACUAGAUGGCGUAUACUGCCCGUCCAGAGUGCAAAUAUCACCAGAUUCGAACAAGAGGGAAAACCAGUUAUGGUUAAUCAAGAUAUUAUCAUAAACCACUGCGCUACGAAUGUCAAUUUAGGAGUCAACGUUGGUACUUGGGUUAUGGGGUUCUAUGGCAAAAUCUGUACACCGCUAAUGAAGACCUGCUUGGACGUGUACGGGAAAGAGUUACCAAAUAAUGUUUGGCAAAUUUACAUUCCGAUUGCGAGCUAA